UUUUAUCUAUUAUUUUGCAUCUACAAUCUCUCCUGAUCUCUACUCUCUACCUACAUCGGAAAACGUUUAUUGUAUGGCGGCUAAUUCGCAAAGCCGGGGAAUCGUUGCGUGUGCUGAUCCAUUUGAUCCACAAGAUCUAAGGCGACUGGGAAGCUCGCUUCCGUUCUCGAGAUUCUUUAGGCAGGUUGAGCAUGAGAUGGAGACUGUGGUCAAAGUACUCCAACCUGGACCUUUAGGAAUUACAGAGCACAAGUUUUCUGCUGAGGAGAUUGCAAAAGCCAAUUCUACUGUUAAGAAAGCAGUAGAGAAUUGGAAGAGGAAUGCAAUCAUAGAAAGAAAUAGGCCUCUUUUGAAAGAUUAUAUCAAUUAAAGACAUAUCAUUUGUUCAUAUUUUCUGAUGCAAAGAAUAAUUGUUGACAAUAGUCAUCCUUCUUUCUCCCUGUAGAUGAUUCUUGCUACCAAUGAUC